AUGUCUUCUAAGUCCGGAUCAUCAGCUUCGAAGAAGAAAGCAGCGUCGACUCCAACUUCAGAGUCGUCAACAAAAAAAGUGAAAAUACCGAAGAAUUAUAUUGUUAGGCCAUCAACCACCAAUUCAGCGAAGUCAUCGAAUAAAGUAUAUAUCAAUGGUGAGAUAUUACAAGCAUUGGAAAUUGCAAGUGGAUCAAUGGUGUACAUUUCAAAGGUAUCUGGAGGUGAAGCAGGUAUUUUGGGAACAAUAUAUGCUGAUAAUGAUAUUAUAGAUAAGAACAUUAUUGGAGUCUCGACGAGUUUGAGGUGCUUAGGAGGACUUUUGCUUGGUGACCGAAUUCAAAUCGAUAAAUACGAAAGCCAGCCUGAGUAUGCCAGUUCAAUGGAUAUUUGGAUUCAGAGCGAUCUGGAUGACAGUGUGAAAGUCGAAGGGAAAGUUUCGAAGGCAGUCGAGAAGUUAUUCAAUGAAAUAGGUAUAGUGUUUCCAGGCCUCAAAUUAACCAAUGUCAGUAUACCAAAAAUGAUAUCGAUAAUGAUGAAGAAAACAGUAAAAUUAUUUGUACAAUUAAGAUUACUGAUAUACUGGGCAAGGAAUCUUUGGAAGAUUCACUCAAUAAAUUGUCUAUAA